UUUUUUUCUUUUUUUUUUAUUUUUAUUUUAUAUAUAUCCUAUAUAUCCUUUUUUUUUAUUACAUAUAUUAUACAAUAAUAUGUUGUCUUCUGUACUCAAGUCUGCUUCUCUUUUGAGUGCUAGACAUACUACUAAAAGAGCAUUUUCUACCAACUUUCCUAUUUUACAACAAGUAGCUGAAAAAACAGAUGCACCUACUAAAGUUCAAAACUAUAUUCAUGGACAAUUCUUGGACUCUAAAGCCAAAAAGUGGAUUGAACUUCGUAAUCCUGCUACUCAAGAAAUCAUUUCUUUAGUACCUGAAUCUACCAAUGAUGAAUUAAUUGCUGCUACUGAUAGUGCUGAAGAAGCUGCCAAAUCUUGGUCAAAAUCAACUGUGAUUCAACGUCAACGCGUCAUGAUGGAUUUACAAUACUUGAUUCGUCAACACCAAGAUCGUAUUGCUGAAAAUAUUGUUCAAGAACAAGGAAAAACCUUUGUAGAUGCCAAAGGGGAUGUUUUCCGUGGUCUUCAAGUUGUGGAACAAGCUUGUGCUUUGACUACUAUGCUUAUGGGUAACCAUCUUACUGUUGCAAAGGAUAUGGAAACUUAUACUUACCGUGAACCUUUGGGUGUGGUGGCUGGUAUUUGUCCUUUCAAUUUCCCUGCUAUGAUUCCUCUUUGGAUGUUCCCAUUAGCUAUUGCUACUGGUAAUUCUAUUGUAAUGAAACCUUCUGAAAAGGAUCCUGGUGCAUUGAUGAUGCUUGCUGAAUUGGCUGCUGAAGCUGGUGUACCUGAUGGUGUAUUGAAUAUUGUUCAUGGCUCUGUCGAUUGUGUUAACUAUAUCUGUGAUGAACCUCGUAUCAAGGCCAUCUCCUUUGUAGGUUCUGAUGUUGCUGGUAAACAUAUCUAUACCCGGGGUAAUGCCAAUGGAAAACGUGUUCAAGCUAAUUUGGGUGCCAAAAACCAUGCUGUGAUUCUUCCUGAUGCUAACAAACAAGCUACCUUGAAUGCUGUCGCUGGCGCUGCUUUCGGUGCUGCUGGUCAACGAUGUAUGGCUCUUAGUACUUUGGUAUUGGUUGGUGAAGCCAAGGAAUGGUUACCUGACUUGGUCGAACGUGCUCAACAACUCAAGGUUGGUUAUGGUAUGAAUCCUGAAACUGAUGUGGGUCCUGUCAUUAGUGUACAAUCAAAGGAACGUAUUCAUCGUCUUGUACAAAGUGGGGUUGAUGAAGGUGCUGAUUUAUUGUUGGAUGGUCGAAAUGUGGUUGUCAAGGGUUAUGAACAAGGAAACUUUGUCGGUCCCACUAUUAUCUCUAACGUCAAACCCAACAUGGAGUGUUACCGUGAGGAAAUCUUUGGUCCCGUCUUGGUAUGUUUGAGUGCUGAUACUGUGGAAGAAGCUAUUGAACUUGUGAAUGCCAACCCUUAUGGUAACGGUACUGCUAUCUUUACCAAUUCUGGUGCUGCUGCUCGCAAGUUUGAACAUGAAAUUGAUGUUGGUCAAGUUGGUAUUAAUGUCCCUAUUCCCGUUCCUGUUCCUAGCUUCAGCUUCACUGGUAGUCGAGGAUCCAUUCUUGGUGAUAUGAACUUUUAUGGUAAGAGCGGUCUUGAAUUCUAUACCAAACCCAAGACUGUUACUUCUUUAUGGAAAGAAUCUGAUGCAUCACACAGUCGUGCUUCCGUCUCUAUGCCAACCAUUCGAUAAAUGUGCUUUUAUUUUAUUUUUUUUAUCCAUUUCUGCAUUUUAGUAUAGCUUUAUUUUUUGUUUCAAUAAACAAUUUCUACAUUAUCCAUUUUA